AUGGCACCUAAGAAGAGAGCUGGACUCGACCUUGGGGUCAAUGCCACCCCGAACCAACAUGUUUCUGAUCCUGCAGCGGCAGAGGGUGCCACCAUCCCUCCCGCCGAUAUUCCUGAAUCUGGAACCAUUCCAGCUCCUGGUCCCGAGGUUUCUGAUGUGGACCUUAGGGGAGCCAUCCGCAUGUCGACCCAGAUGGGAGGGAGUUCUUCUAUGGAGAAGAAGAAGAGAGAAUGGCCUAAAGAUGAUUUCAUUGAUUUGAUAUUCAAAUGGUCUAUUAAAGAUAUUCUUAAUGAGACUCUAUAUGAAAAUCAGGUGGAGAAGAUUCCUCAAUCAUUUGAAUCAUUAGAGCACUACCUUGGUUCAUUUUUCUUCCCCUUGCUUGAAGAAACAAGAGCUGAUAUUGCUGCUUCAUUAAAAGACAUAGACAAAUCACCUUUGGCCGAGUUGAUCUCCUUUGAUGAAGUAAAGCCAAAUUAUGGAUCAUUGGUUUUUGAUGUUAAGGUUGACUAUUGGAGGAAUACAUGUAGUGAUGCUACGCGUUAUAGGACGUCACCUGGAGAUAUUGUUGUUAUCUCAAAUGUUAAACCUGAAACUACUAAGGACUUUCAGCGACCGGGAUGCCAUUGGACGUUUGCAAAUGUUACUGAUGUCAAUGAGAAUGAGAAUGAUGCAUCGGCUAGUUUUAAAGUCAGAUUUCCUCCACAUAAUGUAAUGCGACGAGCAGUCUAUAUAGUGUUUUUGGUAAAUGUGAUGCCUAAUAACAGCAUAUGGAAUGCAUUGAGUAUGAGAAAGAAUUUGAAUAUAAUUGAGGAAGUCCUGCGCCCCGUGCACGAGAAACGGAUCGAACAGAAAUGCGAUGUUUGUUCCGCAUCCACUAAUGAGCUAUCAGUUGGACAAGUUGUGGGUAGUCUGUUGUCCAAGUUGAACAAUUCCCAGGCUAAUGCAAUCUUCACAUGUCUUGCCACUAUGAAAUGCCACCACAAGGCUUCCGUCAAACUUAUUUGUGGUCCGCCUGGUACAGGAAAGACUAGGACGCUAAGUGUAAUGCUCUAUACGCUGUUGCAAAUGAAGUAUAGAACUGUCACUUGCACUCCAACAGACGUAGCAACAGCCCAAGUUGCUUCAAAAUUGGUUAAACUAGUCCGGGAAUCAUCUAAGAACAAAUUUGAAGGCUUUUGUCCAUUAGGUGAAAUUCUCUUGUUUGGGAAUAACAACUACGAAGAUGGUGAAGAUAUUGCGGAGAUUUCCCUCAAUUAUCGUGUUGACAGACUAGUGGAGUGCUUUGAACCAACAACUGGUUGGAAUCAUUGUGUUAGUUCUAUGAUCGGUUUUCUGGAGGAUUGCCCAUACAUCUCAUUGAUUGAUUUUGCCAGAGCCCCAUUUAGGUCGACAGCUUCAUCUCUCCGAAAAUGCAUGCUUAUAAUCUGUACUCAUUUACCAAUAUGUUUCAUUCGAAAAGAGAACAUUGAAAGAAUGACGAGCGUUUUCUCCUUACUGGAUUCUUUUGAGGGGAUGCUAUUUCAAAAGAAUGUCGGGUCUCUUGAACUAUGUCAGCAAGCAUUUGGAGUGUCUUCUUCUAAGUCAUUUUUGGGUGACUUGUCUUUACGCAGUUUCUGUAGCCGGUUGCUUGUCCUUCUGAAUGAUCUUCAGCGAUCUCUUGGGAAACUGGAUUUUCUUAGUGCAAUGAGUAAGGGUCUUAUAACGGACUUCUGUAUCCAAAUGGCUUCCUUGGUUUUCUGCACUGCUUCUACGUUGUAUAAGCUACAUUCAGUGGAUACGGAGCCAUUUGACUUAUUGGUUGUUGAUGAUGCCGACAAGUUGAAGGAGUGUGAAGCCAUAAUACCCCUUCAACUUCGAGGUUUGAGGCAUGCAAUUCUGGCCGGAGAUGAGUACCAAUUGUCCGCAAAAGUGAAGAGUAGAAUUUCUCGUGAAGCUGGAUUUGGAAGGAGCUUAUCGGAAAGACUCGUCUCGAUUGGUCAUGCAAAUCACAUGCUUAACGUACAGUACAGAAUGCAUCCGUCAAUAAGCCAGUUCCCGAAUUCAAUUUUCUAUCGUAAGCAAAUUUUUGAUGCGCCUGAUGUAAAGUGUAAAGCCUACGAGAAAAUAUAUCUUACGGGACAGUGUUUUGGCCCGUAUUCUUUUAUAAAUGUACCCUGGGGAGAAGAAGAGCUGGAUAAUGUUGGAUACAGGCGAAAUUUAGUUGAGGUUGCUUUGGUACUGCAAAUAGUGGAGAGCUUGUUCAAAGCUUGGAGUGCUUCCAAGAAGAAACUCAGCAUUGGUGUUAUAUCACCGUAUGCUUCUCAAGUUUUGGCCAUACAAGAUAGACUUGGGCGGAAGUAUAAUGAUGAUGAACAUUUUGAAGUUAAAGUGAAAACUAUUGAUGCAUUUCAGGGAGGGGAAGAAGAUAUUGUAAUAAUAUCUACAGUGAGAUCUAAUCGCUCUGGGUCUAUUGGCUUCAUGUCAAGUCUUCAUUGGACUAAUGUUGCGUUAACCAGGGCUCGAUUUUCAAUUCUUUCUAAACAUUGUCUCUGGAUAUUGGGAAAUGAGCAAACAUUACUCGCUAGCAACUCCAUCUGGGAAGCACUAGUUCUCGAUGCCAAGGAUCGUCAAUGCUUCUUUCAUGCAGACGACGAUAUUAACAUGAGGAAAACAAUUUUAGAUGUGAAGAAAGAACUUGAUCAACUGGAUGAUUUACUAAAUGGGGAUAGUAUUCUGUUCAAGGAACAAAGAUGGAAGGUAGUAUUCAGCGACAACUUCAGAAAAUCAUUUCGAAAGCUGGCAUCGUCCUUCUUGAGAAAGUAUGUGUUAACUCUUCUGGUUAAGCUUGCUAGUGGAUGGCGGCCGAAGAGAAGGAAUGUAGAGUUAGUUUGUGAAAGCUCAUCUCAGGUGGUAAAGCAGUUCAAGGUGGUUGAAGGUCGUUAUGUUGUGUGUACCGUUGAAAUUCAAAAAGAGUUAUUUUAUACACAAGUUUUGAAGGUCUGGGAUUUAUUGCCUUUGGAGGAGGUUGCGGGUUUCUUAAGACGUCUUGAUAGAAUAUAUUUAAUGUACACCGAUGAAUUCAUCAGCCUCUGCAAGGAAAAGGAUUUGGAAGUUCCAAAGAGUUGGAAGGUUCACCGUGAUGUAGUUCAGUAUAAAAAGAACGUCGCGAGCAAAUUGAAUCGCGACUCAACUAGUACACUCGAUGACAUUGGUUUUGUUGAAAAUUCAAGAGUGAGCGAAAGCCUAUUGUUAAUGAAGUUUUACUCCCUGUCAUCUGGUGUUGUCACGCAUUUGCUCUCCGAUCACCAUGGUGAAGAAGUUGAUAUCCCUUUUGAAGUUACUAAUGAAGAGAGGGAGGUAAUCCGUUUUAGUAAAAGCAGUUUCAUCCUUGGCCGCUCAGGCACAGGUAAAACUACUGUGUUGACAGUGAAGUUAUUCCAAAAGGAGCAACAACACCAUAGUUCUGUUCAAGGAUUUAAUGUAGCGGCAGGAAAGGAGGUAAUUCAAUUUGCAUGGGAAACAAGAAUUAGAUCAUACGAGGAUAAUGAAGCGAGUCGCUGUAUUGGAGAGACUAGCAGGACAACCAUGCGCCAACUAUUUGUGACAGUCAGUCCCAAACUAUGUUACGCUGUCAAAAAACAAGUUUCUCAGCUACAAAGGUUUGCCUGUGGAGGAAGUUUUUGGGCAGAAAGUAGCUUCGAAGUUGAUGAUUUGGAUGGAAUGAAGCAGUUUAAUGACAUACCGAAUUCUUUUACUGACGUUCCAUACAAAAAAUACCCUCUUGUAAUCACAUUUCAUAAAUUCUUAAUGAUGCUUGAUGGAACUGUAGGUUCCUCCUUCUUUGAUCGAUUUAAUUUGAAGUGGAAACUUUCCAAUGAUAAAAAUUUGAGGUCAGUCGCUCUGAAAACUUUCAUAAGAGAGAAGGAGAUCAACUAUGACCGUUUCUGUUGCUUGUAUUGGCCUCGCUUCAGUAGUCAGUUAACCAAGAAUCUUGAUUCUUCAAGGGUCUUUACUGAAAUAAUCUCUCAUAUAAAAGGAGGGCUGCAAGCAGGGGAUUUUCUUGACGGGAAGCUAAGUAGAGAUGCGUAUGUUUCGAUGUCUGAAUACCGGGUCUCCAAUCUAAGUGCAGAAAAAAGAAACGGAAUUUAUGAUGUUUUCCGAGCUUAUGAAAAGAUGAAGAUGGAGCGUGGUGAAUUUGAUAUAUCUGAUUUAGUUAAUGAUCUCCAUCAUCGGCUAAAAUGUCAUCAUUUGGAUGGUGACAAGAUAGACUUUGUGUAUAUUGAUGAAGUUCAGGAUCUAACAAUGAGACAGAUUUCUCUUUUCAAAUACAUUUGCAGGAGUGUUGAUGAAGGUUUCGUUUUUUCUGGGGAUACAGCCCAGACAAUUGCAAGGGGAAUCGAUUUUCGAUUUGAAGACAUAAGAAAUCUAUUCUACAAUGAGUUUGUCAUGGACUCCAAGGGUGACAAAGCUGCCAAAAGAAAAGAUAAAGGACACUUGUCACGUGUUUUUCAGUUGCUUCAAUAUUUCCGCACUCAUACUGGUGUACUCAAGCUUGCUCAGAGUGUGAUUGAUCUACUUCGUCAUUAUUUCCCUCAAUCUGUAGAUGUCUUGAAACCUGAGACAAGUCUUAUAGAUGGUGCAGCUCCAGUGUUGCUCAAGCCCGGAGAUGAUGAAAAUGCUAUUAUAACUAUUUUUGGGAAUAGGGGCAAUAAUGUUGGCAAAAUAGUGGGCUUUGGUGCAGAACAGGUAAUAUUAGUUCGUGACGAAUCUGCCAAGAAGGAAAUCUCUGGUUUAAUUGGACAGAAAGCUCUUGUUUUGACCAUUGUGGAAUGCAAAGGCUUAGAGUUUGAGGCAAGUCUUCUGCUUGUUUUAGUUUCAGUGAUAGUUGACAGAAUUUUGUCGCGUGGCUAUUAUUUAAGAGCUUAG